UUUGGACACUUUGGAUGUAUUUUAUAAUUUCUGUGUGUCCUCAAUAGUUAUAGGUUGAUUAUCGUUCUUAUAAUUGUUACCAUUUUAAGGCCAGAUACUACAGCUGCUAAAAAGUCUUGUCUUGUAGUCCAACCUGUUGCCUAAUUACAUAGAAUAAUGACAGAUGCAUUGUAUGAUCUCCCUUCAUUCUUUAUGUAGCAUCUUCAAUUAUAUUUUAUAACACAAUGCAGUAAAAGCAUCAAAGACAGCUGUAUAGUCAGCAAUAAUUAAAAAGGUCAAAGAUAUUUGUUCCAAUGUUUCCACAGACGAAGAAUAUCUUCUGGUUGUGAUUACGUUCAGAUUCAUUUAAUCAAUAUUUCAAUUUGUAGAUUAAAAUCCUCCGGACAGAAAGAAAUGUGGGAAUGUCACGAGUCACAAAGAUGUGGCUUCAAAAAGCAACAUUUAAUGCAACCUGAAGCUUUUUCACAUGUAUGCAUUAUACAAAUCAUUGGUGCACAGCUAAAUUCAGUCGUAGCCCAUUUGUAACAAACCAAGUCCACAAACUGUGAACCAAGAGUCCACCAUCAUGAGCAGCUUGGUCUGGACCAUGGAUCCAGGCUCUGUCUCUCACACCUCCUGCUGCUGCUUUUCUACCUCGGGGCAUCAGACAGACUGCAUGCUGGGUAGUGCAGUGGCCUGUGCUCCUAGCUGGGUCACCUUAGUUUCUUGGCUCUAGGUAACGAGCCCGUCACUCUUUGUCACAGCUACCAGCCACAGAAGAAUGUGAGGAGCCACCCCUGAUGUCCACUUUAUCCGUUUUAGUGUUUUUAUGGCUUACUUAGUACAGUUCAGGUUUGGAUUCUGCAUAUGUUCAGUAGUUGUGUAGAGAUUAUGUUCUGCUGGUUUUGUAAGUCUAAGAAAUGCUACUCGACAUCUGAAAGGUGAGCAAUCUGCUGAGGCUCUGGACGGAGUCGGCUUUAUUGCGUUCAUGAGGGGCUUAGUGGCCUGGUGUGACAAGAGGAGCAUUGAGACUGUGCUCCCCCCACCUGACGCUACUCCGGGUUGCUAUGGGUCAGGGUUAUACAGCCCAGACCGUAUCCCUGAAGGUUCCUGCACACAGGAGAACCACAGGGUUUAGUCCCAGACGCAGCCACACACCAGCAGGAACAGGACCUCCAGAACACGCACCAGCAGGAAUAGGACUUCCAGAACACACACAGCAGCAGGAAUAGGACCUCCAGAACACGCACCAGCAGGAAUAGGACCUCCAGAACACACACACCAGCAGGAAUAGGACCUCCAGAACACACACAGCAGCAGGAAUAGGACCUCCAGAACACGCACCAGCAGGAAUAGGACCUCCAGAACACGCACCAGCAGGAAUAGGACCUCCAGAACACGCAGCAGCAGGAACCGGACCUCCAGAACACACAGCAGGACAUAAAUGACAUACUCCCAUUCUCACAACAUCUUCUGUGUUUGUUGGCACGUUGAGAGGACGUGAAACCAAACCGCCUGCAGUCUGAUGACUCUGUGAAGCUGAAGCUGUUGACAUCUGUCCAAGGUGAACGUUGGAACAGUGAUCAUGGCGGCAUUCGGCCCCGACAUCAGUGGCUCGUGGUUGUCAACAUCAGGAGUUGUCGGUUUCUUCAUCCUUCUCCUCCUCCUCUCCAUUUUCCUCUCCGCUCUGUGCAGCGAGUGCAGCAGACGUUCAUUUGAGCUCAAAGACUCUGAGGUCGACAAAGAUCCUUCAACUCUCAUUAAAGUGGUGAAGCUGGAAGAAGGCUUGGUGGGGACCGAGAAUCCCAGAAUCAACGACCUGACAGACGACACAGACUUAAAUCCUUGUGAUGGAAAUACUUACACUCCCUGGAGGAGCCACUUGGUGGCGCCAGAGAACCAACACGAUCCAAACGGCUCCACCGCUCCACACAGCGUCUACCAAACCAUGGGGGGAGAAGGACGCGACUUGACCAAUCACCAGCCGGGGGCGGAGUCCAGCCUUCCUGCUGACGGGAGUUCGGUGUACGCACAGGUGAGCAAGAAGGAGAGAGUGACCCCUGAGGAGGUGUUACAGAAGGUGUCUUCUCCUCCACUGCCCGACCGGAAGGCACAGCUGGAGGGAUGAUGAUGAUGAUGAUGAUGAAGGACGUGGGACAAUGGAUGAAGAAUGAAAGCCUUAAGAGAGACUGUGAUGACUGAUGAGAUCUGAAGAAGCAACAACGAAUACAAAAGAUAAUCCACAGAAGCAACAUUCAUUUUGACCUGACUGCAUUUUCCCAUUUGGUAAAAAGUUGUUCAGGGAACAGUAAAGCACGAUUGUAUGAUUUCAGAAGCAAAAAUAAUUGAAUUCGUUGUAGCUCUGGAUAAAAGCUAGUUUUCUUUCAGGUGCAGAGUCAAUGACACCAGGACGGCUAAUCGAGUCCUUCCUGAUUUCAUGCUGCUAGAUGCAGGAAGGCUACAUAGCUAACUAACUGGUGGAGAAUGCAAGGGUCACUUAUUUCUUCAUUAUGCUCAGGGAUGCACAAGCAGAUUCAAUUUGUAAAAGAAAACCGUAGUUCCUUUUGGGGUGAUUAUGAAGCAUCUGGUGUGGGCUGAACAGUCUCACGUACAAUAUGCCAAGUGAUGUAUUUAGAUUCAACAUGUUGGAUUAACGUCAUUUUAUAUUCUCUCAGUAAAUGUAAAGUAAAAACAAUUAUUGUUAUGAGUCAAUUCUCUAAUGCUGUUAUGUGGAAUGCUUGUUUCAAAACAUGCUAUUCAGCUUCAUUUGUAAAUCUUUACAUAAAUAAAUGUCACUCCAGAACUUAUAGCUGGUUUUGAAUGCCUGUUUAAAAUAUAACCCAUAUAUUCCUUUAUUUUAUGAGGGGAUUUACUCGUAGUAAUAAAAGAUAAAACCGA